GCGCUGGGCGUGGAGCUUGCGCGGAGCUUUGAAGCAGAAGCAGCAGCGGGCGACUCGAAGCUGUGCAGACGAGAGCAGUAGCAGCAGCAGCAGCGGGCGGGCGAGGAACCGAGCGGACGAGCGUGGCCAGCAGCAGCAGCAUCGUAUGUUUGGAUUCCCUUCGGUCGAGAGGAGAUCCCAAUUUUGAGCACGAUGGCCAUGGCGGUGGCCGCUUUGCGCCGCUUAGGCCAAGCGCAUGCUCGAUGCAACCCGGCAUUGCUCCAGUCUGUCCGAACUGGCUCGUCGUCUGCUCUUGCUAACGAGGAAGUGUACUCCAAGUUCGAGAACUCCAAGGAGAAAUCUCACGUAACAUGGCCGAAGCAAUUGAACUCCGACUUGGUGGAUGUGGAUCCGGAGGUUGCCGACAUCAUAGAAAUGGAGAAGAAUCGGCAAUGGAAGGGGUUGGAGCUCAUCCCUUCCGAAAACUUCACGUCUUUGUCAGUAAUGCAGGCCGUAGGUUCCAUUAUGACCAACAAGUAUAGUGAAGGAUAUCCUGGUGCUCGUUACUACGGAGGGAAUGAAUUCAUCGACAUGGCGGAGACUUUGUGUCAAAAGAGAGCACUAGCAGCUUUCCGCCUGGACCCUGAGAAAUGGGGAGUCAAUGUGCAGUCUUUGUCAGGCUCUCCUGCCAACUUCCAGGUCUACACUGCGUUGUUGAAGCCCCAUGAUCGUAUUUUGGCUCUCGAUCUGCCCCAUGGUGGUCACUUGUCCCAUGGAUACCAGACUGAUACGAAGAAAAUUUCUGCUGUGUCGAUCUUCUUCGAGACGAUGCCAUACCGAUUAGACGAAUCUACCGGACUGAUCGACUAUCCACAGAUCGACAGAUCCGCAACUCUUUUCAGGCCCAAGUUAAUCGUUGCCGGUGCAAGUGCGUACUCUAGGCACUAUGAUUACGCCACUAUGCGCCAGAUUUGUGACAAGACCAAGGCCAUUCUUCUUGCCGAUAUGGCACAUAUCAGUGGACUUGUAGCUGCGGGUGUGGUUCCCUCCCCCUUCGACUACGCGGAUGUGGUUACUACCACCACACACAAGUCUCUGAGGGGCCCACGAGGAGCAAUGAUCUUUUACCGCAAAGGAUUGAAGGAGGUCACCAAACAAGGAAAGGAGGUAUUCUACGAUUACGAAGAUAAGAUAAACCAGGCUGUGUUUCCUGGACUACAAGGUGGUCCACACAAUCACACAAUUACUGGCCUUGCCGUCGCCUUGAAGCAGGCUUCUACUCCAGAAUUUAAAGCCUAUCAAGAACAAGUUUUGAGGAACUCUUCUCGUUUCGCCGAGGCAUUGAAGGGAAGAGGAUACGAGCUUGUUUCAGGAGGUACUAGCAACCAUCUUGUACUCGUUAACCUGAAAAACAAGGGUAUUGAUGGAUCCAGAGUUGAGAGGGUGAUGGAGCUAGCUCACAUAGCAGCCAACAAAAAUACUGUUCCAGGAGAUGUUUCAGCAUUGGUUCCAGGAGGAAUCAGGAUGGGAACCCCAGCACUUACGUCGAGAGGUUUCACUGAGGAGGACUUUGAGAAGGUGGCUGAGUACUUUGACAAGGCUGUGCAGAUAGCCGUGAAAGUGAAGGGCGCCACUUCAGGAAAGAAGCUUGUUGACUUCAAGGCAACACUAGAGAGCAACGACAGUCUUCAGAAGGAGAUUGUUGGUUUGCGUGAAGAGGUGGAAGGUUACGCCAAAGAGUUCCCCACCAUCGGAUUUGAGAAAUCUUCGAUGAAGUAUAAAAAUUAGAUUCAUGUACUCUAAGACAGCGCAAACUUUAUUGCUGGACCGAAGUUGAAGAUUGGACACCCGUGCAUGGGUGGGUGUUUCAAAAGCAUCAUUCUGUCUUUAUAUCUUGAGAAGGACAUUGUCUUGUCUAAUCAAGUGAGCGUGUAACGUGAUCAGUAUUUGCCGAGAUUCAGGAUUUCAAAGGUAGCUCAUGAUUUGAACGUGUAAAAUAUCAGAAAUACGAAAGAUUACCUCUGCUAAAUGCGUGCCGUGAUUCUGCGUGAGGCUGUCAUUUGUCACCCUCUGCGCUCAUGGUUGUGGGGCAGGUUCUUAGGAUUUUCCAAGAGCUGGCGUACCUGUCGAUUGAAAAGCUAUAGCCUCUGCAGCAUAUAUAAGAAGAACUUAGCAUCAUAGAUUGUUCCAGGGCUAGUCUGACGUUUCACGACACCCCUGGAACGACGCGUGAGCGUAGAAGUGUGCUCAAACAUCAGACUUCUCUUCCUUCCCUUCCGUUAAAUGAUUGCGCGAACGCUUUCUACCAAAUUUAGGGCGGACGAUUCUGCCCGUUGUUAUAACCUCCCUGGCGUUUAUCUCGUCCUUGUCAGUGUAUAGUUGAGCACUUGAAUGUAAGGCUUGUUCUGUCCUCUGUUCA